CACAGCCCAGAAACGCAUUAUACGGCCCACCAGAGCCCAUGGCCCUUCCUUCUCCCGAGCGUCUCUUCUCGUUCUCGGAUUCGGCGAGCGCCGCCGCCGGUGACCAGAGCACAGCCGCGGCCAUCAGCUGCUCAGGCGAAAUUCGAUCGAUCGAGUAGUGCCAGAGGCCCCUACCCACACAAACAAAAAACAUCAAAUGCGAGUUCGGUUUGAGAGCCCAGAUUUUUCUCGGGACUAAGCUCCUGCUCGCUGACGACCAAUCCCCCGACCGCGUCUUUUCGCUUAGGAGGAUCGACGCAGCUUGUCUUACCAUCCCCACAAUUCUACAGCAAGGAACAUAAGGAUGGCAGCCAUCCUGCCUAGAACCAUCCGCAGGGCGGCGGAGGCGGCGCUAUCACUACGCUCCGUGCCGCUGCGCGGCGCCGGUCACCUUGCGCGGUCCCUGGGCGGCGGCUCCGCUGCUUGCAGCGAUGCUGGCACGGCUUCGGUGGAGUUCGUGCCGUGGCACAAUGGCGGGGGCAUCCUGCACAGGGCAGCCUCCGUUGACCCCACCGCUGUAGUGGAGGCCGGCGCCGUCGUGCACUCCGGUGCUGUCCUUGGUAGAGAGGUCGUUGUUGGUUCUGGAGCCGUGGUUGGGCCUUUAGUGUCUGUCGGGCAGUCAACUAGGAUCGGGUACAAUGUUGUCUUAAGCAAUUGCUCAGUGGGCGAAUUCUGUACUAUCCACAAUGGUGCCUGUAUUGGUCAAGAUGGUUUUGGAUUUUUUGUGGACGAGGAUAGACAGGUUAAGAAGAAACCACAGAUGUUGUAUGCAAGAAUCGGAGACCAUGUAGAAAUAGGCGCAAACACAUGCAUUGACAGAGGCAGUUGGAGGGAGACAUUGAUUGGAGAUCAUACCAAGAUUGAUAAUCUAGUUCAGAUAGGUCACAAUGUGGUCACUGGAAAGUGCUGCAUGAUUUGUGGGCAAGUGGGGAUUGCUGGUUCUGUCACGCUGGGGGACUAUGUUACGUUGGGUGGUAGGGUGGCAAUUCGGGACCACGUCUCCAUUGUUUCGAAGGUUCGUCUUGCAGCAAAUAGCUCGGUGACAAAGGAUAUUCAGAAGCCUGGUGACUAUGGUGGAUUCCCUGCUGUACCUAUAAAUGAAUGGCGCCGGCAAACUGCAAACUUGCGCUUGUUCUCAAAGAAGGAUGGUGUGAAGAGAUAGCGUCCAGCAAUCCACCCGUGCCAAACGUUUUUCCUGGCUGGCAGUGGUUGUACUUGGCCAGUGGAAGUUGUAGUAUCCCAUUUUAACAGAUUUGCGUGUAUUUGGCUUGGUUAGGAAUUAGGAUUCAGGGUAUAGGGUUUGGAUCAGGUUCAGACCAGAUCACCUGUACUGCAGAACGAGGGGAUAAUGUGUUUCCACAUUUCAGUUAUGCAAUGGCAUUUGAUCUUUCCAAA